AUGUGCCUUCAAAGUAGUCAUGAACAGAAAAGCACUGGAAUUAAGUUGCCUUCAUCAGUGUUUGCAUCAGAGUUUGAGGAAGACGUUGGAUUAUUAAAUAAAGCAGCUCCGGUUUCAGGACCUCGACUGGAUUUUGAUCCUGACAUUGUUGCAGCUCUCGAUGAUGAUUUUGACUUUGAUAAUCCAGAUAAUCUGCUUGAGGAUGACUUUAUUUUUCAGGCCAAUAAGCCAACAAGAGAGGAAGAAGGAAUGGAUAUACAGAAAUCUGAGGAUGAGGAUGAGUGGGAAGAUGUGGAUGAUGAGAAGGGAAGAGGUAGAUUAGGCAAUGACACCAUCACAAUUGUUAAUUAUUUGGUAAACUGUGAAAACUGUGACUUCUUGUAA